AUGUGGUCCCAGAGGAACCAACCUACACGAAAUUUCAAUGUGGUUACAGAGGAACUAACCUCACUGAAGUUCUAUGUGGUCCCAGAGGAACCAACCUCCCCGAAAGUCAAUGUGGUUACAGAGGAACUAACCUCACUGAAGUUCUAUGUGGUCCCAGAGGAACCAACCUACACGAAAGUCAAUGUGGUUACAGAGGAACUAACCUCACUGAAGUUCUAUGUGGUCCCAGAGGAACCAACCUACACGAAAGUCAAUGUGGUUACAGAGGAACUAACCUCACUGAAGUUCUAUGUGGUCCCAGAGGAACCAACCUCCCACGAAAGUCAAUGUGGUUACAGAGGAACUAACCUCACUGAAGUUCUAUGUGGUCCCAGAGGAACCAACCUCCACGAAAGUCAAUGUGUGGUUACAGAGGAACUAACCUCACUGAAGUUCUAUGUGGUCCCAGAGGAACCAACCUACACGAAAGUCAAUGUGGUUACAGAGGAACUAACCUCACUGAAGUUCUAUGUGGUCCCAGAGGAACCAACCUACACGAAAGUCAAUGUGGUUACAGAGGAACUAACCUCACUGAAGUUCUAUGUGGUCCCAGAGGAACCAACCUCCCCGAAUGUCAAUGUGCUUACAGAGGAACUAACCUCACUGAAGUUCUAUGUGGUCCCAGAGGAACCAACCUCCACGAAAGUCAAUGUGGUUACAGAGGAACUAACCUCACUGAAGUUCUAUGUGGUCCCAGAUGGAACCAACCUACACGAAAGUCAAUGUGGUUACAGAGGAACUAACCUCACUGAAGUUUAUGUGGUCCCAGAGGAACCAACCAACACGAAAGUCAAUGUGGUUACAGAGGAACUAACCUCACUGAAAGGAACCAACCUCCCGAAAGUCAAUGUGGUUACAGAGGAACUAACCUCACUGAAGUUCUAUGUGGUCCCAGAGGAACCAACCUACGAAAACACGAAAGUCAAUGUGGUUACAGAGGAACUAACCUCACUGAAGUUCUAUGUGGUCCCAGAGGAACCAACCUACACGAAAGUCAAUGUGGUUACAGAGGAACUAACCUCACUGAAGUUCUAUGUGGUCCCAGAGGAACCAACCUACACGAAAGUCAAUGUGGUUACAGAGGAACUAACCUCACUGAAGUUCUAUGUGGUCCCAGAGGAACCAACCACGAAAGUCAAUGUGGUUACAGAGGAACUAACCUCACUGAAGUUCUAUGUGGUCCCAGAGGAACCAACCUACACGAAAGUCAAUGUGGUUACAGAGGAACUAACCUCACUGAAGUUCUAUGUGGUCCCAGAGGAACCAACCUACACGAAAGUCAAUGUGGUUACAGAGGAACUAACCUCACUGAAGUUCUAUGUGGUCCCAGAGGAACCAACCUACACGAAAGUCAAUGUGGUUACAGAGGAACUAACCUCACUGAAGUUCUAUGUGGUCCCAGAGGAACCAACCUCCCCUGAAUGUCAAUGUGGUUACAGAGGAACUAACCUCACUGAAGUUCUAUGUGGUCCCAGAGGAACCAGAACCAACCUACACGAAAGUCAAUGUGGUUACAGAGAACUAACCUCACUGAAGUUCUAUGUGGUCCCAGAGGAACCAACCUCCCACGAAAAUGAACCAACCUACACGAAAGUCAAUGUGGUUACAGAGGAACUAACCUCACUGAAGUUCUAUGUGGUCCCAGAGGAACCAACCUACACGAAAGUCAAUGUGGUUACAGAGGAACUAACCUCACUGAAGUUCUAUGUGGUCCCAGAGGAACCAACCUACACGAAAGUCAAUGUGGUUACAGAGGAACUAACCUCACUGAAGUUCUAUGUGGUCCCAGAGGAACCAACCUACACGAAUGUCAAUGUGGUUACAGAGGAACUAACCUCACUGAAGUUCUAUGGUCCCAGACCAACUCCCCAGAACUAA